AUGCGUCAGAUUCGAGAUAUUUCUCAAAUCAUGGAGCUAUUGUAUUUGGUUUCUCUAUUCCUGCUUUGCUUCUGGACUUCAGAGACCUUCGCGAACGGAUCAAACGGCCAAACAGCGAGCAAAUGUAUCACGUCCAAAGCGGUGUUUCACAUAUUCCCGACAUCGCAUUGCCUUAUGUGUCCGCUUAAUGCCAUCAUCGGACGUUGUCCUUUGGGAACUGUAAAAAUUACUAGCGGCAUGGGACUAAGACGAUGCAUUUUGGGUUCAAAUAUUUAUGGUUGUGUGCAUUUGUGUCGAAGGAAAGCUUAUAAAAGCGUUUGUUGUGUAGACCAUUGGGGGCCUGAUUGUCAAUGUGAGUAUAAAUUCAUAUUUAAACACACAUAUACUUCAAAUUGUAAAUAGUUUUUGUGCAAUAUGUUAUGUAAAUACGUCAAUUCUUAAGUGUGUUUUUUAUGUUUGGGUAUAGUGUAGCAAGUGUUGUCUUUUCUGAGCGUGUGACUCGUAUAAUUGUAUAACAAACAAGUUUGGUUUUAUUAUGUUAUCUAUAAUUGCUACAAUUUUGCACAUAUUCUGAAUUAUUAUAAUAAAAGCGUAUUUUUUGAAUAAAUUGAGACAAUUUGCUACAUAAUGUUGCAAUUAGAAUACAGAUUAUGGAUAAAGAACAUUCCUUCGCGUUUCUUUUAUUAUUAGAGUCUUGGGAUUUCAUUUAUAUUGGAUUGAAUUAAUCUGUAGUAUUGUUAUUACCAGUAUUGUGCCUAAUUGGGCAGACUUCCCCUUAACAAGUGAAAUUGUCUGGCAUUACACUGAGUAAAAUAAUUGUGUGUUCACCAACAAAUUAAUAUGAGAUUACAUAGUUUUAUCGCAUAAAAGCUUCAAAUAUAUGUAAAACUGAACGUCGAAUAAUUACCAAAGAUUAAGCAUAGAUAAACCAGCUAAAUUGUUAAAAGCUACACACAUAAAACGCACAAGUUGUUCCAGGUCUGCAAACAAGUUGUUACAAAUCUGUUCACAAGCUGUCGACAAGUUGUGUUUGCACUGCUUGUUCCCAGUUGUUGGAACAAGUUUGGAACAAGCUGUUAACAACUUGUAACAAGCUUGAUGGCGUUAUCAGACUUGUUACGAGGUUGUUCUGACAAGUCCAAUACAGUCAUGACACAACAAGAGUGUUACAAGGUUGAUGGCACAAGGUUGUAACAGUAUUGUUAUAUCAUGACUGUAUUGGACUUGUUCGGACAACCUUAUUACAAUAUGAUAAUAUUUGGCAUUAUCAGAUGUGUUACAAGGUUGUUCUAACAAAUCUGAUACUGAUACAGUCAUGAUAUAACAAGAGUGUUACAAGGUUGACAACAAGGUUGUAACAGUAUUGUUAUAUCAUGACUGUAUUGGACUUGUUCGAACAACCUUGAUAACAUCAACAAGGUUGUUGCAGUUUGUUCCGAACAUGUUGACAACUUGGAACAAGCAGUGUGAACACAGUUUGUUGACGGCUUGUUGGCAGACUCGCUACAAGAUGUGAGAUCUUUUGCAUAUUGUGUAACUCACUGUACAUAACUAAAUUGUCUCAAAGAAAAAUCUUUUCUUCUUUAAAGCUGUUUGAUAUAAAUCCUAUAGCAUGUCUAAAUUCAACCUAUCGAGUGCCAGUCAGACUAUAUUACAACCUUGUGUCAUCAAUCUUGUAACAUUCUCGUUAUAUCAUGACUGUAUUGGAUUUGUUAGAACAACCUUGAAACAAGUCUGAUAAUACCAUCAUGCUUGUUACAAGUUGUUAACAGCUUGUUCCAAACUUGUUACAACAACUGGGAACAAGCAGUGCGAACACACAACUUGUCGAUAGCUUGUGAAUAGAUUUGGAACAACUUGGUUGUAGACCUGUAGCAGCUUGUGCAUUUUUAUGUGUCUAAAGGGUUGUGAAUUUAUCUGAUGUGAGACCGAAUAAAUAUUAGUAAAGUAUAUUAUAAUUUUGCAUUUGUAAAUUCUGAACGCUGAUUGGCUAAUUCCUCAAAGCAGGCUGGAAAUCAAGCCUAAUUGGCUAAGAGCCGUGCUGAUAUAACUUGAUGUCAACACAGAAAAUUUAUUUCUUUAUAUUUUUUUGUGCUACCGGGUGGCCCAAAAAAAAGUACUCCUGUUUGAUUCGUAAUAACUUCUAAACAAGUAAAGUUUUUAAAGAGAAAUAACUUGCAUUAAAUAGAGGAAGGACUAACUUAGAUUUUGAUAUAUUACAGUUGUAUUUAACUUAAAAAUUCACGGAUAUAUUAAUGUUAAAAAUGGGGAGCAUAUUUUGGAAUGUGUCUAAAAUUAGCGAAAAUCGGCAUAUCAAAUAUUAACUCCAGCGUUUGUUUGCUUAAUGACAUAUUAGGUUAACUUGUAUUUCAGCGAAUUAUCGUUAAGGUUUGUAAGGGAUAUGGCGUAGAUUUAGACAUCUUACAUGUAAGUCUUAGCUCAUUGUUUCCUGAAAUAUGAAUGUUCGAAAUUAUGCAAGUAUUUAAUAUUAGGUCUUUGC